AUGGAUGAAAACAUAUAUAAAAGAAGUAAUAAUGGAGACAAACCACAUGAAUGCAAUCAAUGUGGUAAACCCUUUUCAAGUCACAGUAAUCUCCAACAUCGUAAGAAAACACAUACCAGAGAAAAACCCUAUAAAUGUAAACAAUGUGGUAAAGCCUUUGCAAGACAUAGUCAUCUCCAAUAUCAUAAAAGAACACAUACUGGAGAGAAACCUUAUGAAUGUAAUCAAUGUGGUAAAGCCUUUUCACAUGACAGUCAUCUCCAAAGACAUAAAAGAACGCAUACUGGAGAGAAACCUUAUGAAUGUAAUCAAUGUGGUAAAGCCUUUUCACAUCACAGUCAUCUCCAAAGACAUAAAAGAAUGCAUACCGGAGAGAAACCUUAUGAAUGUAAUCAAUGUGGUAAAGCUUUUUCAUAUCACAGUAGUCUCCAAUAUCAUAAAAGAACACAUACUGGAGAAAAACCCCAUGAAUGUAAUCAAUGUGGUAAAGCCUUUUCAUGUCACAGUACUCUCCGAAAUCAUAAAAGAACACAUACUGGAGAGAAACCCUAUGAAUGUAAUCAAUGUGGUAAAGCCUUUGCAAGAUCCAGUCAUCUCCAAUAUCAUAAACGAACACAUACUGGAGAGAAACCCCAUGAAUGUAACCAAUGAGGUAAAGGCUUUACACAAAGUCAUCUCCAAUAUCAUAGAAGAACCCAUACCAGAGAGAAACCUUAUAAAGCUAAUGAAUGUGGUAAAGCUUUCACAUGUGUCCAUUAUUGUUGCAGGCAUGAAAGAAGUCAUACUGGAGAGAAACCACAUGAAUGUAAUCAAUGUGGUAAAGCCUUUUCACAUCACAGUAGUCUCCAAAGACAUAAAAGAACACAUACUGGAGAGAAACCUUAUGAAUGUAAUCAAUGUGGUAAAGCCUUUUCACAUCACAGUAAUCUCCAAAGACAUACAAGAACUCAUACUGGAGAGAAACCUUAUGAAUGUAGUCAAUGUGGUAAAGCCUUUUCAUGUCACAGUAAUCUCCAAAGACAUACAAGAUCACAUACUGGAGAGAAAGCAUAUGAAUGUAGUGAAUGUGGUAAAGCCUUUUCAUGUCACAGUACUCUCCAAUAUCAUAAAAGAAAACAUACAGGAGAGAAACCUUAUGAAUGUAAUCAAUGUGGUAAAACCUUUUUAUGUCACAGUGGUCUCCAAUAUCAUAAAAGAACACAUACUGGAGAGAAACCUUAUGAAUGUAAUCAAUGUGGUAAAGCCUUUUCAUGGCACAGUCAUCUCCAAUAUCAUAUGAGAACACAUACUGGAAAGAAACCUUAUGAAUGUGAUCAAUGUGGUAAAGCCUUUUCAUGUCAUAGUAACCUCCAAAUCCAUAAAAGAACACAUAGUGGAGAGAAACCUUAUGAAUGUAAUCAAUGUGGUAAAGCCUUUUCAUGGCACAGUGGUCUCCACUAUCAUAAAAGACACAUACUGGAGAGAAACCUCAUGAAUGUAAUCAACAUAACUGUUGCUACCCAUGUCCGACCAGUGGAAUAA